AUGGCUUCUAUCACACCAACAUAUAACGCUGCAUUCCCAUCCUUACAUCAAACAGGCCUCAUCUCCCAGCGAAGAGCAAGUGCUCAUCAUCAUCCAACAACGCCUCCAUUUAUACAACGUUCCAUAGCACCUCCAAAGUUUCCCAGCUAUCUUAAACAGACGCUCUACGCAAAAUUGGCCUUGGAGCAAUAUAAAUUCUAUCAACAAAAGCAUGAAAUCAAGCCUCUACCAAACAAUGCAAGUAAAAAGUCGACCACAACUUGUUUGGAAGAAGAGCAGCUGGAAGAGAUGGAUUUACGCUUACCCACUUUAUGGAAUUCGAGAGAUAAAUCUAAGAAUAUAGAAAUUGGAACUAAUGGUAUAGAUUUAGCAUAUAUCGGACCUGGGAAGCAGGAAACUCAUGCGGCACUAGCGCGAUCAAAUUUCCCAAUGCGACCUCAAUGUGGCAUAUUUUACUACGAAAUGAAAGUGAUAUCAAAGGGAGACGAUGGAUAUAUUGGCAUUGGAUUUUGCGCUGCUUCGAACAAGGUGGAAAGACUGCCAGGCUGGGAUCCUGAUUCUUGGGGAUAUCAUGGGGAUGACGGCCACUCGUUUGCUGGCUCUGGUACAGGUAAAAACUAUGGGCCUUGCUUUACUACGGGCGACGUUGUCGGAUGCGGUGUCAAUUUCGCAGACAACACUGCCUUUUACACAAAGAACGGCAAAUUUAUUGGGAUUGCAUUUACAGACAUGAAUCUAAAGCAGCCUAUUUUUCCUGCUGUUGGUUUGCGUACACCAGGCGAGCAAGUUACAGUGAAUUUCGGCCAUGAACCAUUUGUAUAUGAUAUUGCGCAAUAUGUCAGUGACCAGCGAAUCAAGUUUAUUGAUGAAAUAACGCUGCAGAACAGCUCCAGACACAAAGAAGCAAACCGCAAAGAAGAGUCAUAUUCUAAGGAAGUGAUGGACCAACUGAUCCUAUCCUAUUUAGUCCAUCAUGGGUAUACAGGAACAGCAAAGGCUGUUGUACAAAAUGCAGGUCAUGUUUCCGGCCAGGAGUUAUUCUUGUCACCCAACAAUGAUAUAUCGAAAGCGGGUGAACAGGAUAUGGAAGAAAGACAGUUGAUUCGAUCUGCAAUUAUACAUGGACACAUCGAUCAAGCCAUUACACUCAUUAACAAGUACUUUCCUGGCGUGUUACAAGAAGAGGGUCGUGGUGAAGAACUGCAAUUGUCAUUGAAAUGUGGAAAGUUCGUGGAAAUGAUGCGGGAAUAUUGCGAGUGCAGCAAAAGUCGACGUUUGCGGACAAAUUCAGUAGAUAGCAGAAUAUCAGCGGAAACGUCAGAUCAGUUCUUGAAUGCUAAUGAAGAUCGCACAACGAGAUCCAACUCGGUCUCAGGACCUGUCAUUGCUCACUCUUCUCAUGCAAAUCCAGUACCUCCACCUGGUAGACGUCUAAGCUAUGCUGCCAUUGCUGCCUCAUUGUCACCUUCCAACAGCACAGAGGUCCCUCGCCAGCAAGACGAUUCGAUGGAUGUGGAUGAUGAGAUGGAUCCCAAUUCUAAAAUGGAUCGAGCUCCUGACAGUACCGCAUCCAGUCAUGGUAAUGGCAAUGCCUGGAGCAGGAGGCCAAGUAUCACAGCCUCUAGUAGUAGCAAUGCAGUGAACGGGGAUUAUCUUUCAGUACCAGUGAAUGAAGAGAACAGUACAAGCAGCACUGAGGUAGCAGACUCUUUAAAGCUGGUGAUGCAAUAUGGUCAAAAAUUGCAAAACGAAUAUCAGAAUGAUACCCAAAAGACAAGAUCCAAACUUGUGGAUAUCUUUUCUCUGCUCGCUUACAAUGAUCCUUAUUCUAGCCCAAAAGCUCACUUGCUAAAGAUUUCAAGAAGAGACGCUCUAGCUACAGAUGUAAAUGCAGCUAUAUUAGCUUUUCAAAAUCGACCAGAAAUGCCAGCUAUGGAACGCAUCUACAGACAAAUCAUCCUCUGUAACAAGGAGCUUGCGUUUGAAGGUUCCGGUAAAGCUGCUCUUAUAAAUAUCGAUGAUUAUUGUGCCAAUGAUAUCGAAAAAUCCUCUGCUGACAGCAAUUGCAGCUAUAAUGCAGAGUCAAUGAUCUCAUAA